AUGUUGGUGGUGGUGGUCGUGCUGCUGGUGCUGCUACUGGUGAUGAUGCAGCUGCUGCUGGUGAUGAUGCAGCUGCUACUGGUGAUGAUGCAGCUGCUGCUGGUGAUGAUGCAGCUGCUGCUGGUGAUGAUGCAGCUGCUGCUGGUGAUGAUGCAGCUGCUGCUGGUGAUGAUGCAGCUGCUACUGGUGAUGAUGCAGCUGCUGCUGGUGAUGAUGCAGCUGCUGCUGGUGAUGAUGCAGCUGCUGCUGGUAAUGAUGCAGCUGCUUCUGAUGACAGUGGAGGUGUUGAGAUCCUUCGAGGCGGUGGUGGUGUUGAGAUCCUUCGAGGUGGUGGAGGUGUUGAGCUCCUUCGAGGUGGUGGAGGUGUUGAGAUCCUUCGAGGUGGUGGUGGUGUUGAGAUCCUUUGAGGUGGUGGAGGUGUUGAGAUCCUUCGAGGUGGUGGUGGUGUUGAGAUCCUUUGAGGUGGUGGUGGUGUUGAGAUCCUUCGAGGUGGUGGAGGUGUUGAGAUCCUUCGAGGUGGUGGUGGUGUUGAGAUCCUUUGAGGUGGUGGUGGUGUUGAGAUCCUUCGAGGUGGUGGAGGUGUUGAGAUCCUUCGAGGUGGUGGUGGUGUUGAGAUCCUUUGAGGUGGUGGUGGUGUUGAGAUCCUUCGAGGUGGUGGAGGUGUUGAGAUCCUUCGAGGUGGUGGUGGUGUUGAGAUCCUUCGAGGUGGUGGAGGUGUUGAGAUCCUUCGAGGUGGUGGUGGUGUUGAGAUCCUUCGAGGUGGUGGAGGUGUUGAGAUCCUUCGAGGUGGUGGUGGUGUUGAGAUCCUUCGAGGUGGUGGAGCCCCAAUUCUGA